AAAAUAAGGAGCUAUAAUCGAUAGAUGUAAGAAUAAAACUAGUCAUUAAAAUACAAUGAAGAAGAAUUAUCAUAGAUUGAUGAAUAGCUUUCAAAAUAAGACAUUUUCUUAUAGCAUUUAAAAAAAGUAUAUGGAUAUAGGAAAUAUAGAUGUAAAUCAACAGGAAAAAUUAAAAAUAAGUAGCUUUAUGAAAACUAAUUUAUGAUCUAAUAAAGGACUGAUUAAAAAAAUCCCAGUGAAAUAGAUUCAUAAUAGUACAAUAGUUUAAUGGAUGCCCAAAUAUAAAAGUAAAAUAAUAGAGCUACAUAAAAUUUUUUAGAUAUCUCUCUAUAAUCCUAAGAAGAGCACAAUAAUCUAUCAACAAAUGAAUGCGAAAAUAAAUCUAUUAUUGAAUCUAAUGUUGAUUAAAGUAUUUCAAAAAAUACGGACUCCUUACUUACAAAAAGAAGUAAUUAUAUUGAGUUACUUCGUUAAGAAAGAAGUAAAUUGCACAAAAGCGAAGAUCAAUAAAUUAGUAUAAAGAAGAGAAUUAAUAUUUUGAAGCAGCAUGAAGAUAAUUUAAGAAGAGUAAGAUAAGAAUCAAAAACUACUGCUUUUGGAAUAUAUUCUACAAAAAGACGUAUUUUUGAAGAAGAAUUAAUUAAAUAAGAUAUUGAGGAUGUGUCAAAGAUGCAAAUCAGUAUAAGAAAUGAGAAUGCAAAAUAAAUAAGAGAACAACUUGCCAAAAGUUUAUAUGAUUCAAAAUAAAAGUUGAAAGAAAAAAUGGUUUAAGAUGGAGCUUAUGUUCGUUAAAUGACUAAAGCUAAUGAGGAAUAAAGAUAAAAAGAAUUAGAAUAACUCAGCUUUAUAUAAAGAGAAAGAGUAUAAAAAGUAAAAGAAUAAUUAAACAAAAGUCAUGAAGCAAUAGAAAGAUUUAAAGAAUAAAAAUAGAUGGAUUAUAAAAAAUCAUAUGAAUAAAAACUCACUAUACAUAAAUACUUAGUCAAUGAGAAAUAAAAAGAGCUAAAUAAAUUAAAAUAAGCAGAAAAACAACUUGUCAAGAAGCUUUCAAGUAGUAAAAUUUUAACGUUGUAAUAAAAUAAGAUGCUUCAGUUUUCGUAUUAUCACAAUAUAAUUUAAGUUGGAGAAUAAUAUCCUUAAAUAAAAAAAGAAUAUGAAUAAAAAAAUCAUGUUCAUGACUUUAAUGGAUUAAAUUCUUCUAAAUCACCUAAAAAUAAUAAAUCUUUAAAUUCAAGCUUCGAAAAAUCUGAUAGCAAUAGUAUACUAAGAAGGAGAUAAUCAAAUUAUUUUACUUAAGCCAAUACAAAUCAAACCUCUACAAAAAACUCCUAAAAAAAUUUAUUUCCCUACUAACAAAACUAAAAUAUUUUUAAAUCAAGUGGAAAUUCUCCUAAAAGGUCUAGUUCUGUUGUAAGUAGCUCUUACUUGAAAAGAAUUUUAGAAAAAUACUCUGAAAAGCAUCAAUAAAUGAUUUGA